AUGGCCAUGGGCGCAAUCCUUCAAAGGUUGCAAGAGAUGGAAAACAGAUUCCUGACUCAGCAGCGUAUGGAUGCCCAAAGGAUGGCGACAUUGGAGGCCGAGCUGAGGACCUUGAACGCGGAAGGCCGGACUAGGGGAGCCGGGCAUGUCGUAAACGGCCAACCUCAGCAGCAACAUGCCGAAGGCGUACAACAUCAGAACGCCGAAGGCGUCCAACAUCAGAAUGCUGAAGACCUCCAGCAUCAAAACGUUGAAGAUCGACCUGGAAGGCACGACCAUGCUGGUGAUGGAGGACCGCUGCAGCAGAACGCGACUACAGUCGAAGGAAACGCGCAGAAUGUGCAGAACCAUAACCUCGGCAACAACCAGAAUGGUGGAGGUCCGAACGACAACCAGGACGAAAAUUAUCUGGAGGAUGAAGAGGCUAAUGAUAGCCCAUUCACUGGGAGGCUCAUGAACUUGGCCAUACCGCCGAGAUUCAAGAGCACCAGGAUACCUCCAUACGACGGAAGUCAGGACCCAGAAGCCCAUUUAGAGGCUUUCAAAACCGAGAUGCUGUUCAACGGGAUCACUGGACCUAUUAAGGCCAGGAUCUUCGCGACGACAUUGAUUGGUCAAGCGAUGACCUGGAUAACCAGGCUACCUAGGAACUCAAUCGACUCGUUUGUGGACCUAGCUUGGACUUUCCGACUUAACUUUGCAACAAGCAAGGUGCAUCCGAUGCCAGCCUAUGCUUUGGGAAGAAUCCGGCAGAAGGAGAACGAAUCGCUAAGGAAGUACCUCGAUCGAUUCAAGGAUGCCGCCCUCAAGGUGCGAGGUUUAACUGAAGCAGUGCACCUCUACUUAAUCAUUUCGAGAUUAGAUGGCGACUCCCCAUUGGCGAGGUCUAUCUAUAAGAACCCGGUGAACGAUCUGGAGGAGUUCAGACAAAGGUCGGACAAAUACAUUGACGUGGAAGACAUGCGAAAGGUCUACGUCGAAUCAUGA